AUGCGUGCUAUCGUGAACGGGGUCAAGACCCGCCUCGAGAACUUGACGGCUCGGCUCUCGGCGGCGGAGCAACCGCUGUGCCAAUUACACCUGAAGAUUUCGACGGUCGGCACUCUGGCUUAUACCCUGAACCAAGGACUGCUGUGUGAAUCGCUGAUGUACAUUUGUAAUGUGUUCCUACAGCAGCUUACCAAGGAAAAGAAAGAGGGCCGCUCCGACUGGCCUUCGACGAGCUGGCGCGGUCGGCGCCGGCCGCCGCUCUGGUCCACGCCGCGCGGUCCGACGGCGGCAGCGUCGCGGACGUGUUCCGCGAGGCGCACGCGCACGCGGCCAAGUCGUGCGACAAGUGUCACGCGCCGGGGGCGUGCGAAGUCGACGUGGUCCUCGAUCAUGCCGCGAAGGCGCUCGUGCUGAGCCUCGCGUGGUACUCGACGGACCAGGAGGGCGACGACGUCGCGGCGCUGCUCGAGCUCGUGUGGCGCGACGCGCGGCUCCCGGCGAAACGCGUGUUCUCGUCGAUCGGCAAGGUCAAGUUCGAGGUGGACCUCUUCGCGGUGGCGGUGUUCCAGAACGCGCACUACACGGCGUUCGUGCGGGCGAGGGACGGCUCGGACUCGUGGACGUACCACGACCGGCGCUCGGCCGUCGCCGUCGGAUCGUUCGCGAACGUCUUGCAGCGGUGCCGCGACGGACCCAUGCUGCCGUACUUGCUGUUCUACGACUCGCUCACGGCGGCGCCGGAGGCUCUAGGUAAUGCAUGCUAG